GUGGCUGGGAAGUCAUUCGAACGUUGUCCACGGAAGGAUUGUGGUGUGUGCUGCGUACGUACGGGUACGAUACUCUUCUGUACGGCAGGCUCUGAAGUGCUUACCCCACCAAUCAAGAUAAAGGAUACGCUAAGCCCCACAAGGCAAUUCAUCAUUCGCCCAACAGUAGACGAGUGAACUAUUGGUGCUAGUGCGGGUGGUUGUGAGUUUUCUGUCACUGCACGGGCUGACAUUUUGCUCCGCGAAAGGUGCAGCGCAAAGUGAUAACAAGACUUCGUACUUGUGGUUUACGGUGUGACGUUAUAUGGUGGUUCGGUUCAGUGAAAGUGAGUGCGUUACAGUUGUAUCCGUUCAGCCAAACAGUAGCAGCUCUUCGUUCGUGUGCGGUGGUCUGCAAAACCUUCGCCGUCAAAUCAAACCGACAGUCGAGCACGGAGCGGUAUUUACAGCAGGACAAACGCAUCGCACAAUGAAGAUCAUUCUGCUGAUCGCUGUGUUGCUGCCGUUGGCAGCGUACGCCAAACCCUCGGCCACCUCAAGCCUGGACCCGGUCGAUCUGGCCGACAUAGAGCUGGCGGCGGAUGAUGUGGCGAGAAUCAAACGUUCCGGGUUCGGGUCUGGUAGUGGGUCGUUCGAUUUGCUGUCCGGUCUCAAGAAGACGCUGCUGUCGGGUAUUGGAUCUGCGUCGGCUUCACUCGUUGCGGGCAGCAGUAGCUCUUCGCUGAGCUCCGGCUCGGGACACGGAAGCUCGGGACACUCGAGCGGUAGCUCCAGCUACGGUUCAUCGGGCCAUUCGUACGAAAAGCCUCACGAGGACUCACACUUUGACGGUUGGUCGCUGAAGAAAUCGAUCCUGAACACGCUCUUCCAGGCGGUGAAAGCCAUCACCGGUGGCGUGACCGCGAUCAAGGGUCAGCUGAUCAAGGGUUCGGGCUAUCUGGUGAGCGGUGCGGGCAAAUUGAUCGCUUCCGGCGGUGAUGCCGUUACCGGGGUGGGCAAAAAGAUCGCCCUGUCCGCCCAUCUCAUCCCACCGAAGCAUUCGUCCCAUCCGUUCGCGAAGCUGACCGGCAUCCUUUCAUCCUCCUCAUCGGCGCUGUCCGGGCUGUCCGGAUCGUCAUCUUCGUCGUCCUCGUCAUCGGGCCACCAUCACGGUGAUUCGUCGGGUGAAAGCUUCACCAGCUACGAGGCACCGACCAGUUACGGUCAUGAUGCUGGCCACAGCGGCCCAUCCGGACCGUCCUACAUUCCACCGGCCAAGAGCUCCCACAAGGCGCCCUCGAUCAACUCGUACGGUGCGGAUCUGGACGAUCAUCAUCAUCACGGUGGUAGCUACGUGUCUGCCGGCAAGUACGGCCACUCGUCCGAUGUAUCGCUGCACCAUCAUCAUCAGGACGACUCCCAUCACGAUCACUACCCGACUGGGUACGGUAAGGGCCACACGAACGUGGUCGAAGCGUCGGACGUACUGCGCCAAAUACUGAACCAGAAGAUCCCGCACCAUUCGGACGAGUUUCCGAAGAAGGUCAUUGCGCAGUACGAGAUCCCGUCCGAUUCGAACCCACCGCCGUUCAAACCGAUCAAGGGCGGCUACCUGCCACCGAACCGGGUGUACGGUGUGCCGGCUGGCCCGAUCGAUUCCGUUACGCACUCGCACUCGAUCACCACCUCGUUCGGUACCGGCCACUAUCCGAAACUGAUCUCCGCCACGCACGUGGAAACCGAACCGGGACUACCCAGCUCGUACGACAUCUACCGCUCGAUGUCACUGAAGCACCACGGCGGUCAUGACAAGCACCAGCACGGCUCGAAACCGACCGGCUGGGGCUCGCGUGAGAUUGGUCACAGUGCGAGCGGUGUGUCGUACGAGCUGCUUCCGCCCAAGCAAUCUUCCGGCGAGCUGGUGCACGAGCAGCAGUUGCGUGAUCUGACCAAACAUCUCGGCAACGGGAUCGAGGUGCAGAAAUCGCUUGCGUACGAGAUCGCCGACCCGUCCGCGUCACACCAGCACCAGAAGCGACGGUCGGAUGAAGCGACGGACACGAACACUGACCAAAGCGACGACACCGCGACGAAGAGUACCGCCACGUAGACGGUAAAGACUUUGCACAAAAACGAAAACAGGACAUCGAACGACGCAUUCCUACUACAGUUACGACAGAUGACGACUCAACUUUGUGCACACGCAUACGCACACACACACACACACACGCACGUCGUUGGAGAUGAUGAAGCAUAGCGGUGUUGCAAAUGUACGCCAUCCCCAAAAAAAACUUAGUCACGUUCUCUAGCAUCUAGAAAGGACUUAGAACCAUUAGUUAAUAAUCAAUAUUAGCAAGCGCUAAUGUGUGCGUGAGCGUGCGUGUGUGUGUGUGCGCUUUGUGCUUUAGAGCUUGUGCCUUAACCGUGGCGCAGAACGAUAAAAACGAUCGUCGAUACUCAGGCUCCGACUACAGCAAGAUCGUCGUCGGCUAAGCACACUACGCAGCGUUUUUGUGACGGUGAAACUCUUCCACCCAUCUCUACUUCAUACUCAUCUCCUGCCGUCUAACCUGUCGUAGCUCGUUACGCUCUAGCUGUGGUAGACAGUAGGGUGUGCGCAUUGGCUCAUCAGCAACACAAAUACUCAUGCAAUUUGAAUACGUGAUACGUGGUUUGUGGUGUGUCGAUCAGUCCCGGUAACCGGUUGUCGUUUCGAUCAAUCCUUACCGCUUUCGCUUAAGGACACGAUUUCAGUACACUCACCUCUACUUUCACCAAGAGUUCCAUCCGAGAGUAGAGCGGUAGAGCUUUGUCGUAAAUGUGUUUAGUACGGUGCGUAUAUUUAUCGCAGUACCAAACAAAAAGAUGAACGCGGAACAAAACUGGUGCAGAACGUAAACGCUAGGCCUGUAAUUGUGUAUACGUGUAAGAUUUUAUACUUUAAACAUUUCCAUUUGGUAAGUGGGGUCCGUAGUGGAGAGGGGGGUCCACCAGACGUUCGGGUGUGGUGGAGCCUUACCGUUCUAUUGUAUUUAUUCGCCAUCGCAUUUUAUGUUUGCGAAGGGUGCUGGCGAGACAAUAAAGUAUUCCAAACUAAUUUGUAAUCUUUGAACGCGAAA